CUCAGUCACGAGUACAUCAGCGGGUAUUACCGUGUGUCGGUGUACUUCCUGUGUAAGAUGCUGUCAGACAUCAUCGCUCUGAGGACGAUCCCUGCCAUCGUGUUCAGCUGCGUCUCCUACUUCAUGAUCGGUCUGAAGCCCACGGUUGCAGCCUUCUUCACCUUCAUGUUCUCCGUCACCAUGGUGGCCUACACAGCCACCGCCAUGGCGCUCGCCAUCUCCGCCGACCAGACGGUGGUCGCCAUCGCCAACAUCUUCAUGACCAUCGCCUGCGUCUUCAUGAUGAUCUUCGCCGGUCUUCUCGUCAAUCUUCCCUCCAUCGCCAGCUGGCUCGCAUGGCUCAAAUACUUCAGCAUCCAACGAUACGGCCUC